AGAUCGUUAAAUUUUUUAAAAGAUAUUUUUAAAAAAUUUCCACGAAAGAAUUAUACUGACAAAUCAUUAGCAGUAUUGACUAGUGGAGGUGAUUCUCAAGGAAUGAAUGCUGCAGUAAGAGCUGUUGUAAGAACAUCACUACAAUUCGGGUUAAAUGUUUACCUGGUGAAAGAAGGAUAUCAUGGACUAAUUAGGGGCGAAGAUUUAAUUCAACAAGCUACAUGGUAUGACGUAUCUUUUAUAAUAGGUCAGGGUGGAACUGUUAUUGGUACCAAAAGAUGUAUGGAGUUUACUACCAUAGAAGGAAGAAUGAAAGCAGCUAAAAAUAUGAUAAAUUUGGGUAUUUCUAAUCUAGUAGUUAUUGGUGGUGAUGGUUCGUUAACUGGAGCUCAUAUUUUUCGACAAGAAUGGCCGAAUUACGUUAAGGAGCUCUUAGCAAAAGGACAUAUUAGCGAAGAAAUGUCAAAAAAAUGUAGUCACUUAAAUUUGGUAGGUCUUGUUGGAUCUAUAGACAACGAUUUUUCGGGUACUGAUAUGACAAUUGGAGCAGAUACUGCAUUACACAGAAUUCUUGAAGCUGUGGAUGCUAUUACAUCUACUGCAUCAUCACAUAAAAGAACAUUUAUAAUGGAAGUCAUGGGACGUAGUUGUGGCUAUUUAGCUGUCAAAAGUGCUUUGAUGUGCGAAGCAGAUUAUCUUUUUAUUAGAGAAUGGCCUCAACCAUUGAGUUGGCCUGAUAAACUAAGUGAUGCAGUCCGUGAGGCAAGGAAAAUGGGUAAAAGGCUGAACAUAAUUAUUGUUUCGGAAGGAGCAAUGGAUGUAAAUGGUAAUGCUAUAACUUCAGAUGCAGUGAAAAAAGUAUUAGUUGAGAAAUUACAACAAGAUGCCAGAGUGACUGUUCUCGGGCACGUACAAAGAGGAGGCAAUCCUUCUGCUUUUGAUAGAAUUUUGGCAUCAAGAAUGGGCGCUAGCGCUGUAUUUUACAUAUUAGAAGCUACAAAUGAUUCUGAAUCAGUUGUUGUAUGUCUAAGUGCCAAUAAAAUUAUUAAGUUAUCACUAAUGGAAUGUGUUUCUAAUACUUUGAAAGUGGCAAAAGCAAUUGAACGCAGAGAUUUUAAAACGGCUUUAAUGCUUCGUGGACCAAAUUUCAAACUAAACCUCGACACUUACAAACAAUUAAUCAGGGAGAAACAAAGUAACGAUAGUAGUGAUGGAAACAUAACACUCAUACUAAAUAUCGGAGGUUCUAGUAAUGGAAUUAAUGCCCUAACCUAUUCAAUAGUUCGCAAUACUGUCUCAUUUGGUGACAGAGUAUUGGGGUCAAAAUAUGGUGUUGAAGGAUUUAUCGAAGGCGAUGUUGUUGAGCUUUACUGGUCGAGUGUAGUUGGUUGGUUAGAUCGUGGAGGAGUUAAACUAGGUAUAACAAGAGUAAUUCCUAAUGACAAAAUGCUAAAAGAAAUGGCUGAAAAAUUAAAGUUCUUUAAAAUAAAUGCAUGCAUAAUUGCUGGAGGCUAUGAAGCUCUUCAAACAGCUAUAGCAAUGUACGAUAAUCGAAAUAAGUAUGAAGAAUUUUGUAUUCCUAUUGCUGUGAUACCCGUGACAUAUAGUAAUAAUUUACCAGGAACAGAUUUUUCAUUAGGAGCUGACACUGCUUUGAAUCAAGUUAUUAAGUUGUGUGACAUUAUCAGACAAUCUGCUGAAGGACAUAGGCCUCGAACAUUUGUCGUUGAAGUUUUAGGAGGUAGUUGUGGAUACCUUACUACAUUAGCUGCAAUAUCGUGUGGUGCUGAUGCUUCUUUUAUUAAAGAGGAACCAUUUAAUUUGCUGGAUAUUCUUCACUGUAUUACUGUUUUAGCAGAAAAAUUUUCCACAAAAAAAAUUACUCGAGGACUUGUACUCAGAAGCCAGUUAGCAAAUGAAAAUUACACUACUGAAUUAAUCAGCAAUAUACUAAGCGAGGAGGGCAAAGAUUGGUUUGUCACCAGAACUUCAGCACUUGGAAAUAUUGCAACCGGAGGAGUUCCUAGUCCUUUUGAUCGAUCAAUUGCAUUAAAACUAGGCCAAAUUUCUACAGAAUGGAUAAGAAAUAUUCAAAGUCAAUGUUCAGGAAUAGUAACAUCACCUAAUUCAGCAGUAAUGAUAGGAUUAAGAAAAAAUAGUCAUAAAUAUAACUCUUUGGAAAGCUUAAGGCACAUUACAAAAGACUACAUACCUAAUGAUAUAUGGUGGUUGAAACUUCGAUUGCUGUCAAAAAUGUUCGAAGAUCCAAAUUACUGGAAACAAUUUUCUAAUUAAACUUAAUUGCUUUAUUUACGAUCAAAAUUAUAAUUAUUUUUAAACGAACAAA